AUGCUUAAGCUCUUCCUCCUCUCGACUCUGCUCGGUCUGAGCGCGGCAGCACCUUCGCCGCGCCAACAGGUCACUGACUUGACAGCCAGCAUGCUGCUGACGUCGCCCGUUCUGAAGCCUACGAUCAACAUGCGACAUACAGCCGGCGUCCGUGUUACAGUCAGCGAGACUCAUGUGGUCUCGCUUGUUACAGCGCCCCAGGGUGUCUGGUUGUUUGAAGAUGGACCAAUAGAGUACUUGCACGACAAGGCGUAUAUGGACUACGUUCUCUCCGCCAACGUCGACCCGUCUACCUCUAGUCAGGCUGCCGCUCUUUCUCUUUCGCCAGCAAAUGAAACGUACAGGCACGCAGAUUGGCUGUCCAAAGAUGUUCAGAAUUGCUGCAAAAUUACCGUCUUCUACUGGCUCCAUUUCGUAUACAGCGCCCAGAACGUGGCAAUCAGUCUCGACAACGCAAAGACCGAAGUCGCCUAUGUCUGCAACGAUGCAGGUUUACCCUCUACGCCUUUUCCUCUGUGCACAGCUCGCUUGCCCAAUGGUCUUUCGACUGUGGGCAAGGGUACUGUGACGGAUCCUGAAGUCCGCUCGCGUCGGGUUGGCACCGUGUAA